AGAUUGUCUGUGUCGUCUGCAAAUCCUGUUCCUCUGAAAUUGUGAAUUGAAUUUUUGACUGUUCGUGGUUUCGUGCAUGUUAGUAGAUUUCUGUAUGUUUCAAUUAUUCUAAACUAUGUAAAGUUUUUGAUGAUUAGACGUAUAAUUCAAUCUUUAGUUUCUAGCUUCAGUAAAUUUUCUAUUCAUGAGGAAAUGUCGUUUUACGCAGUAGCCAGGGGAAGGAAAGUGGGCAUCUAUCCGAGUUGGGCUGAAUGUCAAUCUCAAAUACAAGGCUACCCUGGUGCACAGUUUAAGAAAUUUUCUUCCCAACAAGAAGCUGAAGGUUUCAUCCAACAACGUAACUCUGACACUCCAGAAAUACUGCCAGUUAAACCCAGGGCCUCCCAACUUCCAGAGGCUUCUGAUGAUUUGAAGGAAUUUGAAAGCUCAUUUUCUGGAAGUGGAAAUCAAUCUCCAACUGCAAAAGCAUCUACUUCUGGAUCUCAGUCAAAGUAUUAUUAUGCUGUAGCCAUUGGGAAAAAUGUUGGCAUUUAUUCCACUUGGGCAGAGUGCAAGGCGCAGGUUAAUGGUUGUGGAUUUACCAAAUACAGAAAGUUUGGAACCCAGAAAGAAGCUGAACAGUUCAUUCAGGAAAAUCAAAUUCAAAAGGGAGCCAGAGCCUCUGUUGAUGUUUCUCAAUCUAGCAAAUCUCUAUUGAGCAAUUUUCCAGCCGUUCCCAGUGAUAAAGACAUUUGUGUUCGAAAUUUAUCGACAGUUUCUUUUGGAGACCAUCCUUUCCAACGAGAUGAAGAUGGCUUCGUACAUUGUUAUACCGAUGGAUCUUGUGAAAAGAAUGGGCAAGUUGGUGCUAAAGCUGGUGUUGGCGUCUGGUUUGGAGUGGAUCAUCCUUUAAACGUAAGUGAACCAGUCGUCGGACCUCCCACAAACAACGUAGCAGAGAUACAGGCUGCAACUAAAGCAAUUCAAGUAGCCCAAAAUUGCGGUAUUUCAAAACUACAAAUAAAUACGGAUUCUCAAUUCUUGAUCAAGUGCAUCACGCAGUGGAUGCCCAAGUGGCAAAAGAAUGGCUGGAAACUUAGUACCGGAGGUGACGUAAAAAACAAGGAGCAGCUGGAGGAGCUCCAUGAGAUGUUGAAAAAGAGCAUCAAUAUAAAAUGGAAUUAUGUCAAAGCUCACAAAGGGAUUGAGGGAAACGAAUAUGCUGACAUGCUCGCCAAAGCAGGAGCAGCUAACUACAAAAUCAAGACCAACACUAAAGAUAAUGUCAGAUUUAAGCCUUACUGAAUGAUUUAAGAGAAAGUCAUUUGUUCUGAUGUAUAAUUCUGCGCUGUUGAUUUCCAAUGCUGAUUGAAAAUAUAAAAUUUCGACAACAAA